UGCUGGCGCUGCUCGGCGUCGCCAUGGAGAGUGGAUCGCUGCCGUCGCUGGGCCAGUUCAUCCUGCUGGGCACCAGUUCGGUUGUCACCGCCGUGCUGUACUCCAUAUACCGGCAGAAGGCCCAGGUCGCUCAGGAGCUCAAGGGAGCUAAGAAGAUUCAUUUGGGUGAAGAUUUGAAGGACAUUCUUUCAGAAGCACCGGGAAAGUGUCUGCCUUAUGUUGUUAUUGAAGGAGUUGUGCGGUCUGUUAAAGAAACCCUCAACAGCCAGUUUGUGGAAAACUGUAAGGGGGUGAUCCAGCGGCUGACGCUUCAGGAGCACAAGAUGGUAUGGAAUCGAACAACUCAUCUUUGGAAUGACUAUUCUAAGACCAUUCACCAGAGGACUAACACUGUGCCCUUUGACCUUGUGCCCCACGAGGACGAUGUGGCCGUGGCUGUGCGGGUGCUGAAGCCCCUGGACUCGGUGGAUCUGGGCCUAGAGACCAUAUACGAGAAAUUCCACCCCUCUGUGCAGUCGUUCACCGACGCCAUUGGCAACUACAUCAGUGGUGAGCAGCCAAAAGGCAUCCAGGAGACAGAGGAGAUGCUGAAGGUGGGGGCCACCCUCACUGGGGUUGGAGAGCUGGUCCUGGACAACAACUCUGUCCGCCUGCAGCCCCCCAAGCAAGGCAUGCAAUACUAUUUGAGCAGCCAGGACUUCGACAGCCUGCUGCACAGGCAAGAGUCCAGUGUCCGGCUCUGGAAGGUUCUGGUCCUUGUGUUUGGCUUUGCCACCUGUGCCUCCCUCUUCUUCAUCCUGCGGAGGCAGUAUCUGCAUAGACAGGAGCGCCUGCGGGAGCGGCAGCUUCAGGAGGAGUUCCUUGAACACGAGGCCCGCCUGCUGAGCCAAGCCUCUCCUGAGGACAGGGAGAGUCUGAAGAGCGCCUGUGUGGUGUGCCUGAGCAGCUUCAAGUCUUGUGUCUUCCUGGAGUGCGGGCAUGUUUGUUCCUGCCGCCAGUGUUACCUCGCCUUGCCAGAGCCCAAGAGGUGUCCGAUCUGUCGUCGGGAGAUCACCAGGGUGAUUCCCCUGUAUAACAGCUAGGGGUCGUGUAGCCACACUGCAAGUGCCCUCCCCUUGUCAGGGUUUAUCUUGAGGCCUUUGAUGCGGCGGCUGUACCUUAAGGUAUGGUGGACGGAACAUUGGCAAGCCUCACAUCUCAUGGCUAGGAGUUGCUUUUCUACCUGGACAGGUUCUUUUCCAGUUCCAAGCACCUGGUGGGGCCUGUGGUGAGGUUCCCGUUCUCAGGAGCCAGAUGUGUGUGACUGAAUGACACCAGCUCCUUGCCUAAGCAGCAAGGCCAGUGGUCUUGACUUUUGCUCCCUGGGGUGCUGACUCCUAGCUUGGGAGGAAGGCUGAGCUCUGAAGGCCUCUUCUUGGGAGGCUGCCCAGACUCCUCCUCCUCUUGCUUCUGUCCACCAGAAGGAAUUUCUUACAACUUGUCAGGCAGAGCAGGCCAUUUGUGUCUCUUUUACUUGUUUCCUGGUAAUGUUCCCACACGCGUGGAGUAGACGACAGGAAAUGAGAUCAGUCCGUGUGCGUGGGAAACUGUCAGCCGGGGGACAACAGACAUUUCUAGGUGUUUCCAGAGGAUUGGCAGGCAGCCUGGGUGCCUUCCCUUGGCACAGGGAUGGUACCAGGGUUGUGGGGUGUGGCUGCUGCCUGGCUUUCCCAGAUAGUUCUGGUUUCCUAGGGAAAGGCCUCACUGAAAGGGAGUGACAGUCACUGCUGUCUUUGCCUUUGGCCUUUGGAGCUUCUUUGCUUGCUUUUGCCAAAAGAAAGUUAGCGGGUGGGCACCCUCACAGAGAGCCUGUCUAGACGACCUGGCUGUCCCUGUCAGCAGCCCCGGCACCUCCCCAUCUCUCCCGAGUGCCAGAGAAAUUGGAGCCUGCCCUUCAUCAGUCAGAAGGGGUCAGAAGUCACUCGCAGAGCUCCUCCUGAAUAUCACCUGUCCUUCGUGAGGGGGAGAAGGGCUUCUAACAGGCGCUGACCCUAGUACAUGCACCAUCCGUCCGUCCAAGGGAGCAGCACAAAUUAAACAGAUUAUGUGACA